GAUUGGAGAAUCCGAUUGAGGGGGAUGAUCCGAACAUGGCCAUCAAUGAGUCUUUUCCCGAUGAGCAGAUUUGGGCGGUGCUAUUUAAGGAUCCAUGGUAUGCCGAUUAUAGCAACUACUUGGUUAUUGGAGCUCUUCCCGAGGGGUUAUCGCACUAUCAAAAGAAGAAGUUCCUCCAUGAUGUCAAGUUUUAUUAUUGGGAGGAUCCUUACCUAUACCGGAGGUGCGCCGAUGGCUUUAUUCGGCGAUGUGUUAGGGAGCAUGAAUGGCCAAAGAUCAUUGAGGAGUGCCAUAGCUCACCUAGUGGAGGUCACUUUGCAGCCAACCGCACUGCCAUGAAGGUAAAUCAUAGUGGAUUUUAUUGGCCUUCAAUUUUUGCAGACUGCCAUGCUUUCGUGAAGUCUUAUGAUCGAUGCCAACGCAUGGGCAACAUUACCAAGCGGGAUGAGAUGCCGCAAAACAUCAUUGUUGAGGUAGAGCUAUUUGAUGUUUGGGGAAUUGACUUCAUGGGUCCUUUCCCUCCUUCAUGUGGUUUUUCCUAUAUAUUGCUUGCGGUUGAGUAUGUGUCUAGAUGGGUGGAGGCGAUCCCGACUGUCACCAAUGAUUCAAAGAUUAUAUGUGAUGUUGAUUGUGGCAUUGAUAAUAUUCAUGAGGCUUUGUAUCUUUUGAAAGACUUAGCAUGA